AUGCCAACACGAAAUAUCACGAUAAUCGGCUCCCUCAACACUGAUCUAAUCACACGCACAUCCCGCGUCCCAGCAGCAGGAGAGACUCUGAUCACCUCGUCGUACGACACGGGCUGUGGAGGAAAAGGUGCCAACCAAGCAGUAGCCUGUGCUAGACUCUCUCGCGAGAAAGGCUCAGAGGUUAAGGAAGCGGGAUGCACCAUCAACAUGAUCGGCGCCGUUGGCGACGACAUGUUUGGACGUGACUUGAUUAAUGGGUUGGUCAGCAAUGGUAUUGAUGUUGAUGGUGUCAGAGUGAAAGAUGGCGAGAAGAGCGGUGUGGCUGUCAUCAUUGUUGAAGAGGAGAGUGGGGAGAACAGGAUUUUGAUGAGUCCGAAUGCGAAUUAUGCUUUGAGGCCAUCGGACUUCAAAAGUCUACCAGACCCUUUGCCAGAUUUGAUUAUCUUACAGCUUGAGAUACCGUUGAUUACGGUGCUACACAUCUUGAAGCUUGCUCGGGAGAAAAAUGUGGAGGUACUGCUGAAUCCUGCACCAGCCGUGAAGCUGCCGCAAGAAGCCUACUCAGCGGUCAACCAUUUAAUCGUCAACGAAACAGAAGCUAGCAUCAUUACAAGUACUACGGGGCAAAACAACUCCUGGGCACUCUGGGGCGAGCACAUACAGCGGCUUAUUGAUCUGGGAGUCCGCCAUGUCCUUGUCACUCUUGGAGCCGAAGGAGUAAUCUACCUAGAUACUGGAAUACAACGGGUCCUGCAAGCCCCAGGAGAGAAGGUGACAGUGAUAGAUAGCACUGGCGCUGGAGAUACUUUUGUGGGCGCUUAUGCGGGUAUGCUGGCAAAAAGUGGGAGGGGUUCCAGAGAUUUCACCUGUAUGAUGGAGCUGGUGGAUUUCGCAAAUAGAGCCGCAGCGAAGACAGUACAAAAAGGAGGCGUUCAGAGUGCCAUUCCAUGGCGGAAUGAGGUCUCAUUAGAGAACACUCUGGCUUUUGCAGGAUCGGGGAUCAGCUUUGACGAAUGGAAGAAGGGUGUAGACCCGGCAUUCAAAAAAUAG